AGGAUGCACUGAGUAGCUGAACAGGUCCUCAGCCCCCAGGGGGCUGUGUGUGUGUGUGUGUGUGUGUGUACACACACUAACAAGACUCUAGGCUUUACAGGGUGACAGGGGUAGCCAAAGAGAGAACAUGUCUGUGCCUUGGGAAGAGUAUUUCCAGUUGAUCUUGGAAGAAAAGCUGCUGGCAAAGAGGCCUCCGGCGCGUGAGGAUGGCUAUAUCAGCCAUGCUACCCAACUGCUGGAGAAGAAGCAAGAAAUGGUAGAGAUGGAGGAGGCCCUGAAGGCUAAGAAGGAGGAGUUCCAGGUAAAGAUGUCAGCUCUGAAGCAGCGAAGGGAGGCACUGGACCAGAAGGAGGAUGCAUUGAAGGAGUCCAUGGUCCGCUUUGACAAGUUCCUGAAGGACACAGAGGCCAAGAAGAGCCGGGCCCUGCGCCGUGCAGAGGAAGGGCGACAGACUGCCUCCCAGAAGGAGGCUGAGGCUGCAGCAUUGAAGGAGGAAUUGAAGGGGCUCAUUCAGAGGAAGGAACAGCUGGAGCAGCAACUGCACAAAUACAGACCCUUUGCCCAGUACCUGGAGCAAGUGGUGGCCCAGUCUGAGCAGUUUGAGGAGAUCCCCGAGCUGAUGGCCCGGUUCAGUGGGUUGUUGGAAACCCGAGCCAUCCUGACCGACCAUGAGCAGGCUUUACACAAGGCCAUGGAGGAUGCAAGGGCCGAACUGCUCAAACUGGUAGAAGAAAAGAAUGAUGAGAUCCUGCAUCAGAAUAACCACAUGGCCGACCUGCAGGUCCGGCUGGAGGAGGUCAGGACGCAGGCCCUGCAAUGGGAGUCCAAAUGGGUUCACAUCCAGAACACGGCAGCCCAGAAGACUUUGCUCCUUGGGCAGAUCAAGAUGGCAGCCCUCAACUUGUUCCAGAUAGUCUGUAAGCAGAAGAAGGAAGUCCCUGCAUUGGCUGUGGAGGACACGGAGGGGCAGCUGGAGCAGGUUCAGCAGUACUUCCAGGAUCUUUCUGCCACACUGGCCAAGCAUCAUCAGGGAGAGCUGGGGCCCUCUGCCACUGACCACUAGGGAAACUGACCUGAGGGAAGCUGCCGAUGGAAGAGGUAGGUCUGGCCCCGUGUCCUGGAACACCCACAUAUGUGUGUGUGUGUCUGUGUGUGUGUGUGUGUGUGUGUGUCUGUGUGUAUGCACGCGUGUCUAGCAGAGAGCCCC